UUCAAACAUGGAGUUUUUCAACAUGUAAUUUACAAAAGAAACUGAUUGAGGAAAAUCUAGCAGAUGAUUGAUUAUAUGAAGACUAAGUGAAUUAUACUUUGAAUACUAAUUAUUUGAUUAUAAAUAUUCCUAUAUCUUUCAUUUUUUAAAAAUGGCCUCUACUUCUAAAAGGCAAGCUGGUACCAAGAAGAAAGGUGUACCAAAAAUGGAAUUAACUGCAGAACAAAAAGAAGAUAUAAAACAAGCAUUCGAUCUAUUUGAUCCUGAUGGAACUGGAAGAAUUGCUACCAAAGAGCUUAAAGUGGCAAUUAGAGCUCUUGGGUUCGAACCAAAGAAAGAAGAAAUAAAAAAGCUUACAGCAGAUGUUGAUCCAGAUGGACUUGGCACUUUAUCAUUCGAAGAGUUUUUGAACUUGAUGUCUAUAAAGAUGUUGGAAAAAGAUACAAAAGAAGAAGUUCUAAAAGCAUUCCGUCUUUUUGAUGAUGAUAAUACAGGAAAAAUAUCGUUCAAAAAUUUAAAAAGAGUUGCUAGAGAACUGGGUGAAAGUCUUACGGAUGAAGAAUUGCAGGAAAUGAUUGAUGAAGCAGAUAAAGAUGGUGAUGGAGAAGUUUCUCAGGAAGAAUUCCUACGUAUCAUGAAAAAAACUAGCUUAUAUUAAUUUCUCAUAACUUAUUCAUAAGAUACUUA